AUGGAUUCCAGCCCUGCUGCACCAGGCCUAUCUUCUCCCUCCACCCCUCCGAGCCUAAGACGACCUGCUGCAACCCCCACCCCACCGAGCCCCCAAAGCGGUUACGGCAAAGGCGAUAACGCAUCGACAACCCAUGUCGUCGGUCCCCCUCCUCUGCUCGCCUUCCCAUCUAUAAGCAUCGACGACGACGACGACAAAGACGAGGACCACGGCAACGACUGUAGCACCUCCUACCCCCCUCGCGUAGCAUCGAUACCUUCAGGCAGCCCUGGACUUCUCGCUCCUGCCAACCUGAAGCUUGGCUUGCUUCGACCAGACACAGCGACACCAGCCAUGGCCGAAGAUGACCCUCCCUCAGCUGGGGGCUCGACCGUCCCGGGCCCGUUCAACUUCCAGACGCAGGUCAUCUCAACCUCGCCUGUAAAGUCGAACAUAGGUCAGCGUCGUGGCCACCGCUACAAGCACAGUUCCAUUUCGACCCAGCACCAGAUCUUCCAGGAGCCCCCUCAACGACCGCCGCCCGUCCUCCCCGCCUCCCUCCCUGUGCCCACGGUUCGAGAAGCAUGGAAAAGCAUGUCCCGCGACCAGCGCGUCAGGCUUUACUGGAGCCUGUGUCACUUGGCCGUCGCGUCGUGGCUCUUCUUCAUCUCGGAGGGCUCCCUCGCCAUGAUGGCGUUGUCCCACCUCGUCUUUUUCGAUGCUGGUAGUGCCGCCGUCUGUGUCGCUGUCGAUGUUCUUGGCAAUUUCGAAGUCUGGCGCCGCAGCAGUGUCCGGCAUCCCUUUGGCCUCGAGAGAGCCGAGGUUCUCGCUGGGUUUGCCAUGUCCAUCUUCCUCCUCUUCGGCGGUUUCGAUCUCGUGUCACAUAAUCUCAAGCACUGGUUGGAGACCAAGGGUGGACAUGAGCCGCAUCAUGAACAUGCCCACGAACGCGUUUCGGCGGGCGAGGUGGACUGGGCUGCCUUUGCCGCCAUCACCAGCACAGCCAUCUCGGCAUACGGCCUCAAGAACCACGCGCGUAUCGCUAGAAUCAUGCGUGUAUCAUGGUUGGCCAAGCUGCCCACCCACUUCUCCAACAUUUUUCACUUCUUGACCGUUUUCUUUUCGAGUCUACUGCUCCUACUGCCGCUUCUCUCCAUCAAGAGCUAUAUCUGGCUCGAUCGUACGCUCUGCGCAGCGAUCGCUGCUUCCAUGUUUCUCUUUGGCGCCAAACUGGCCAUGGCUCAGGCUAUGAUGUUGCUCAUGUCGUACGGCGGCAUUGGAGGCAAUGAAGGCGUGUCUUCUGUGAUGCGGGAUAUCGAGGCCGAGCCGGGCGUCGCACGAAUUGAGGAUGCGCAGUUCUGGCAGGUGCACUACGGCCUGUGCAUGGCCAAUCUCAAAAUCUGCGUAGCCAAAGGUUGUGAUGAGGGGGCUAUCAGCAAGUUGCGAAGCCGGAUAUGUACCCUGAUCCAGAACAGACUCGGUGAGGGCUAUGGUCGUGGUACGAGCCUCAGAUGGGAGGUCACCUUACAAACGAGCGUCGAUGCGACUUUCUAA